UUCACAGUGGGUGCUUAGAAGCAUCACGAACAGUUAACGUAACGGGCAUGCAAGCUGAGACACUCACAACCAUACUGGUAAUUAUUUUAGGUGACAUCAUGAUUUUUGCAGCUGGUGUGAAUAUCAAACAGUUCGUCAACCAGUUUGAGCUACUAUGGACGUACAAAACCACUAACAGAGCACCAAUCAAGUGCGAGGUAGACCACCUUCUGUCUAUUAAACCUAUGUCAAUUACAUUCAAGAGAUCCAUGUUCAUUAGAGGAAGUAGAUGUGACUUUCGAAUACAUGGAGUAUUUGAUAAAGAACACAAGGAGCGGAUGACUCUCUUUUACAAAGACAAAUUCCAAAGAGUUGAAAACGCCCUCUUUGUGGCAAUUGGUCAUUCUUGCGCUGUUUUCAAGGUCGAGUCACUGAGAGAUUGGCACCUUUCCUACUACGAUCUCCGCGUGAGGAAUUCGUCUGUACAUGAAAGACCCCUCGAAGUCUGUAGAACUGUUUUCAAAGGUGUCACACAAGGUGGACUUGCUCACCGCAUAUACAAUGCGCAAUGCCAGCAGCUAAUUAGACAAGAAAAAUAAGAGUAUAAAUUUUUUAACCUUAGUAUUUCGUUCUUCUAUCAUUUACAACAAAUUGCGGGAGACGCUCCUUUCACAAAUGAAUGCCAAGCAAUGUUGGGUACAAUUGUUUUAUCCUCUAUAUGGCGUUCCCAUUUUAGCAAGCAGAACAUUACCGAUCUGAAUAUAUUACUACACUGGCGCGCAACUUAAGUUUCCUAGCCAUGUUACCCACGUCAACCCAUGUUCAUUAAACAAAACCAGGUCCAGCGAUAAUCAUGGUUAGCGUGAUGAUAUUGAAUUGGGCACACCAGACAGCUCUCGCCACAAUAUCAUCUGAAGGCCCGCUUUUGAGUUUGUUUUUUAUAUUGUAGUGGCAGCAUGUUUCGCAAUCUCGCGCUGAAUCUCGUGGCGAAGGUAGUCCUCCUAAGUGCGUUGUUUUCGUCAGAAGUGACGGUAACCACAUUGGUGAUAAGUGCAUUACAGUGUCUAUCAGGUGGUCGAGAUACAAUUCUCUCCGUCAGGGAUAUUCUUAAAAUACAAACUGAGCAACAGUUCACAACCAAAGGGCCUUGCUGCCCCCUGUUUCUAUGUUACUCAAAAGAUGACCCACAGAAGGCGAAGUGCUUCUCGUUGCUGAAAUGAAUCCAGCACUAAAAGUGUUACUUGGUCUAGCUAAUUCAUGAAUAUUAAACUGAUUUACCAGUGGAAAAAGACGGGACAUUUAAAUGUCAUGUCGUUUUGCGCUGAUAAGUUAGCCUACAUGAAUCCAGCAGCCUGGUUACCUGACUGGCGGUUAACCAUGAAGCAUAGCCACCGCAAUUGCGGUAUACAUAUUCAUUAAGUUCAAGCUUGAUAUCUCUGCGCUAGCUUUCCUGAUAGCGCCGGGUAUAGCCAACAUUGGCGCAGCGGUCAAGUGUUAGCUCAAUUGUGUUAUGUCUUUUUAUUUCGAACAUAAGAGUCGUAAGUUGAGACUUUCACCCAACUUACUCUCUAGAACAGUCAUCACAGUCUCUUCCCUAUUAACUUCCAACCUGUUGUCUUAUUUUUUAUAAAAUGUGUAUAACCGAAUGCCAGUGACCUCACUCAUUACUUUCUAGGCUUGUUAGCGCACAAUAGGAUAUAAGUAUUUGUAUAGUGCGUCAAGAAAUUCAGUGCGAACUAUGGAAGCCAGAAUCUAUUGACGCUAUUUAAUGACCCAGAUGAAUCAGUCUGCGGUGAUGUC